UAUAUAUACAUAUAACGUUAACGUAACCCAUUACCUUUUUUCAAAAAAGCUUCUUGUUAGAAACUCUUCACUUGCCUCUUUUGAAUGCAUAAUACUACAACAUCAAUCUUUGCCUCCUAAACUUCUCUUCUUUCUUCUCUUGUGGAAAGUACCAGUUUCAACUUUGCCGUUGGAGCAUUCUUUCUUAUAUAAAUGGCGGCGUUUUUUCCUUUUGGAAUUAUGAUCGCCGUUAUGCUGUUGUAUCAUGUGGGGUCGGUGUUGAGUCAGUUUCCAACGACUUUAACGCUUGAGAGAGCUAUUCCGCCGAGUCACCAGCUCCAGUUGGCUCAGCUUAUAGCUCAUGACAAGAAGAGGCAUGGUAGAUUGUUACAGUCUACUGGUGGGAUCGUUGAUUUUCCUGUUGCCGGGACUUUUGAUCCAUUUCUUGUUGGGCUUUACUACACAAAAGUGCAAUUGGGUUCUCCACCUAGAGAAUUCACUGUGCAGAUAGACACUGGAAGUGAUGUUUUAUGGGUCAGUUGUAGUUCUUGCAAUGGUUGCCCAGGAACCAGUGGACUUCAAAUUCAGCUGAAUUUAUUUGAUCCUCAGAGUUCAUCAACUGCUUCAUUGGUUUCUUGUUCAGACUCAAGAUGUAGUUUAGGACUGACAUCCGCAGAUUCUGUCUGUUCUUCUCAGAACAAUCUGUGUGGUUACACCUUCCAAUACGGAGAUGGCAGUGGGACUUCAGGCUAUUAUGUAGCAGAUUUGUUACACUUAGACGCUAUUGUUCAGGGUUCUUUCAUUACAAAUAUUUCAUCUCAAAUUGUCUUUGGCUGUAGCAACUUGCAGACAGGGGACUUGACAAAACCAGACAGAGCAGUGGAUGGGAUCUUCGGAUUUGGGCAGCAGGAAAUGUCUGUUAUCUCACAGCUUUCUGCAGCAGGGUUAACACCCAGAGCGUUCUCCCACUGCUUGAAAGGAGAUAGUACUGGUGGGGGUAUAUUGGUCCUUGGUGAGAUUGUGGAACCGAAUAUAGUUUAUUCUCCGCUCAUCCCAUCACAGCCACAUUAUAAUCUGAAUCUGCAGAGCAUUUCUGUCAAUGGCCAACCUUUGGCUAUUGAUCCAUCUGUGUUUGCAACAGCAAGCAACAAAGGAACUAUAGUUGAUACAGGGACAACUUUAGCCUACCUUACUGAAGAUGCCUAUGAUCCUCUUGUCAAUGCUAUCGCUAGUUCUGUCUCACAAUCUGUACGCUCAAUUCUUUCCAAGGGAAAUCAAUGUUUUAUUGUCACCACCAGUAUUACUGGCAUAUUUCCUCAAGUUAGCUUCAACUUUGCUGGAGGCGCAUCCUUGGUUUUAAAUCCUCAAGACUACCUCAUACAGCAGAAUUCUGUUGGUGGUGCUGCAGUGUGGUGCAUGGGCUUUCAAAAAAUUCAGGGUCAAACAAUUUUGGGAGAUCUAGUUCUGAAAGACAAAAUCUUUGUCUAUGAUCUGGCCGGUCAGAGAAUUGGAUGGGCUAGCUAUGAUUGUUCAACAUCAGUCAAUGUAUCUACUGCUAUAAAUACUGGUAGAAGUGAAUAUAUAAACGCUGGGCAGCUAAGCAGCAACACUGCACCACGGGCUCUACCCAACAAGUUGAUACAAAUGAACAUGAUAGGUUUUCUACUGCAGCUUGGCAGUUUCGUGUUCUUGUAGCAUGAAUUGCCGGAGAUCUAAUGCCACUUGUCUGUUGUAUAUUCUCUGACCGGUUUAUUAUUAUAGCAAUUGGCAGGGUCAUAUGUAUUAAUUUUGUGGUUGGUAAUUGUGGGUAAUUUUUCCUUAGAAUCCAUGUAUGUUCAUCAGCCAUGUAGUGUUAAGGUUUGCUUCAUUGGCACUGUUGUAAAUUACAUUUACAGACAGGGGAUCAUUGGUUUAACAGCAGAAUGAAUUUAUACGAAAUCUCUUUUCAUAUUCA